GAAAAGUAUUGCCGUAUGGCUACUCAAACUUCUCUCAAAAAGCUCAAUUUGCCUGACGAUUCAAGUAGCCGUCAGUCGAGGCAAAAGUGAUCGGGAGAGAAGCGACGCCGAGAGCAUCCCAGAGCAUCGUUCCACUGUGUGCACCGGAAGGAGCUGGGUUGAGGUAUUGAGGUUUUGGGCUCAACGAGGUGAGUCCGAGGAUUGUAGUCCAGUGGGCCCUUGGCACGGAGUAGGUGGUCGGAUUCCCUUAGAGCAGUCAGCAGCGAGGAGGCCAAGGAAGCUCCAGAGCGGCUGGCUUCUCUUCUGCUUCAGCACGUCGUGGACGGAGAGGAGGAAGAAAGUGCCGCGACAGUCGAGAGGGAAAAUCAGGAUCCGUCUUUCGAAAACCUGGGAGGACGAGUCGAGUGUUUGUUGAGCUUUUGGCGAAUCGAUCGAGGGAGGGAGGGGGGAGCAGCUUCUUGAUCGUUAGUCAAGCGUCGGAGCAGUCAUGUUUUUUCACAUCUAUCUGGAGCGGAAUAUGCAACUGCAUCCUCGGCAUUUUGGGCCCCAUUUGAGAGACAAGCUCAUCUCGAAACUGAUUCAAGAUGUGGAGGGUACUUGCAGUGGUCGGCACGGGUUUGUGGUGGCUGUCACAGCUGUGGAGACAAUUGGCCAAGGGUUGAUCCGUGAUGGGACGGGAUACGUCACAUUUCCUAUGAAAUACCAGUGUGUUGUCUUUAGACCAUUCAAAGGAGAGAUUCUUGAGAGCGUCGUCACUAUGGUGAAUAAGAUGGGUUUCUUCGCUGAAGCCGGACCCGUACAAAUUUUCGUCUCCAACCAUCUGAUACCAGAUGACAUGGUUUUUCAAUCUGGGGAUGUUCCAAGCUACGAGACCUCCGAUGGCUCGGUUAGGAUACAGAAGGAUAGUGAAGUCCGACUCAAGAUCGUGGGUACUCGAGUAGAUGCAACUGAAAUUUUUUGUAUCGGAACCAUUAAGGAUGACUUUCUGGGUUUGAUUGGAAACCCUGGUGGGGGAGCUUAAGCCUGGAGAUCAGCGUGAGUAAUGGAACUUGGUCAAGAGCAUACUGAAGAUACUGUUCAGCACCUCAGCGCUAGCAGACAAUCGUCAGGUUGUGAAUUGAGUGUAUUUGUAUUGAGAAAAAUGUAGACAUUCUGUUUAGGUUCUUUUCUGCCACAGGCCCUCAUACGCUUGGAGGAAAUUAACAAAGAUAGGAUCCGUACAGCAACAUGUAUAAUAUGAUAUAAUGCAAAUACUGCAUUCUUUGGACAGGAACAUGACUGAAGAGUACUCCAGACUUUGCCAAAUGGAUAUUUGGCUCACAAAUCGCAAGGAGAAACUCCUUGCGUUCCUAAUUUGAGUCUUGCUGAAAUUUGCCCGUCCAGUCGCCAGGUCAUUCUAUUUCUCUGUAUGGCAGGAGGACUUCAUGUGGUUUUUCUCUAGACCACGAAGCCCAUUCCUCAUAUAAAUCUCCGUCGGUUUUAUUAAUGUCCUUUCAAACUCUCCCUCAAGACCAAAUAAGUUUGUAAGAGCCCCGCCAAAGGAAGUCUCUUGGCUCGUAUGAAUGUCAAGCAACCAC